UUUUCGAGGUUUUUCUUUCUUGCAGCCUCCAUUUCUCUCCCUCCAAAACCCUAAAAAACUCUCUCUCUCUAACUACUCCGAGAUGAAUUUCCUCUUCCGAAAAUGCCCUUCUAUCCCAUCCAAAUGCACCCUCUCCUCUCUCAUCUCCAUCCAAUCAUUCCGUCUCUCUCCGUCCCCUUCUCUAUCGGAAUCCGUUACAUUUACUAACGCCGUUACCAGCGACGAAACACGACCUUCCGAUCAUCUCAGAGCUGCUUCGGAGAAGCUGUGGUUGGGUGGUUCCCAUGGAAGGGGAUUCCAUAUCUCGGCUGGGCCACUGGGAUUCAAGGCGUCGGACGUUGUUCGGGCGCAGUACGCAGUCGACGAUUUCUCGGACGAGGAGAGGGCGGGGGAUGCGGGGAAGAAGGCCGGCAACCGCGACGAAGGGCUUGAAAUAGCAAAGCUCGGGAUCUCCGACGAUAUUGUCAAAGCUCUCGCCAAGAGAGGAAUCACCAAGCUUUUUCCGAUACAGAGAGCUGUGCUGGAACCAGCAAUGCAGGGGCGUGACAUGAUAGGUCGGGCCAGAACUGGAACUGGAAAAACUCUAGCAUUUGGAAUCCCCAUCAUGGAUAAAAUCAUUCAGUUCAAUGCCAAGCAUGGGCGUGGAAGAAAUCCUCUGGCCUUGGUAUUGGCACCCACCAGAGAGCUUGCUCGUCAAGUUGAAAAGGAAUUUAGAGAAUCUGCCCCCAACUUAGAUACAAUCUGUGUAUAUGGGGGUGUGCCAAUAUCAUCUCAAAUGAAUACACUAGACUAUGGUGUCGAUGUCGUUGUGGGCACACCUGGUCGCAUUAUUGAUCUGAUCAAGAGAGGUGCCUUAAAUUUGUCAGAGGUGCAAUUUGUCGUUCUUGAUGAGGCUGAUCAGAUGCUUGCUGUGGGAUUUGAUGAAGAUGUGGAGGUAAUUUUGGACAAGUUACCUAAAAAACGCCAAGGCAUGAUGUUCUCAGCCACGAUGCCGAGUUGGAUAAGAAGGCUAACCCAGAAGCACCUAAAAGACCCAUUAACUAUUGAUCUCGUUGGUGAUUCUGAUCAGAAAUUGGCUGAUGGAAUCACCCUGUACUCCAUUGCAUCAGACACGUAUGGGAAGCCAUCAAUUCUUGGACCUCUAAUAACAGAACAUGCCAAAGGAGGGAAAUGUAUUGUCUUCACUCAAACGAAACGUGAUGCUGAUCGGUUGGCAUAUUCUAUGGGCCGUAGUCAUAAGUGUGAGCCUUUGCAUGGAGACAUCUCACAGAAUCAGAGGGAAAAGACACUUGCGGGCUUCCGGGAUGGACGCUUCAACAUAUUAAUUGCUACUGACGUUGCUGCCCGUGGGCUUGAUGUUCCUAAUGUUGAUCUGGUAAUACAUUAUGAGCUUCCAAACUCUUCAGAGAUUUUUGUCCAUAGAUCAGGACGAACAGGACGUGCUGGUAAGAAAGGGAGUGCUAUUCUCAUUCAUACUGAACAACAGACCAGGGCUGUUAGGGUCAUUGAACAGGAUGUUGGAUGCAAGUUUAAAGAGCUCCCAAGGAUUGCUGUUGAGGGUGGUAGUCGAGACAUGUAUGGUGACAUGGGUGGUGGUGGUCGGUUUGGUUCCUUUGGAGGAGGCAGUCGUUUGAGUGAUUCAGGUUUUGGUCGUUCUGGUGGUUCUGGAUUUGGUCGCUCUGGUGGCUUUGGUGGUUCAUCAGGUCGUGCGGGUGGUGGAUAUGGUGAAUCUGGGUCAGGCCGUUUUGGUUCGUUUGGCGGAUCAAGUUCAGGCCGAUCUGGUGGGUUUGGUGAUUCUGGAUCGGGCCGUUCUAGUGGAUUCAGUGGUUCUGGGUUUAGCCGUUCUGGUGGUUUCGGCAACUCUGGUUCAGGGCACGCUGGUGGUUUUGGCGACUCUGGUUCAAGGCGUUUUGGCAGUUUUGGGGACGAUGGUUCAGGGAGGUCUAGUGGCUUUGGCAAUUCCAGUUCAAGCCAGUCAGGUGGCUUUGCUAACUCUGGUUCGAGCCGUUUUGGUAGUUUUGGUGGCUUUGGAGACAAUGGUGCUGCUGAUGAUGAUCAGAAGGCUGGGAGGAAAUUCUUCUGAUUUUAUUUCAAGGUUGAUGGACAUGCUGUCUUUUGAGAAGAGGAAGAACACCAGGAGACAAACUAUUAGACCAUGUAAAGUAUGCUGAGAUACUAAGAGGGGUCUCUGAUUUUCUUUUUCAAAUUUAUAGUUACAAAGCUUUUAGGUAUAUUUUUACCUGUGAACUCAUGCAGGAAAAGGAAAUUAAAUCUGUCCUUAUGAUUCUCUUUAUAUGUUUUGAAUGCCACCUGUAAUUCGUUUUCAGCAGCCAAUCAAGAUUUUCUUUUCCAGA